AUGCAUCUUCUUGUGUUGCUCGUUCUUAUAGUUGGAUGUUGGUGUGAUAUAAACAUAUUAGUAGACCAAAAAGGCGGGUAUAAUAUUAGUGUUAAUGGUCGUAUAUGGCUUCGUUCAGCUCGAACAGCUAUAUAUACAGAUAACAAGUGGUAUUCAUCAGCGGAUGAUUCUCUACCAUUAAUUAAUAUAACUUAUGCACAAGGUAAUGAUUCAAAUUUAGGUAUUUGGAAUGAAACUCAAUUAAUCUAUGAUCUUGUUCGAAGUGAAAUACAUACAAAAAUAGUAGGUCAUAUACGUCAAUGGAAUUCAAUUUCUGCAAUUACAUUUCAUUUGGAUAUUGGUGAUCAAGUGAUGAUUAAUACGAUUCCUCUUGACAUGGAACAUGUUCGUACAGUUUUUCCAUCAUUUUAUAUUGAACAAAUGGAUAAGAAUGAUCAAAGAGGUUAUUUUACGUUUUCAGGAAUGAUGACAGGUGAAGAUGAUAGACAUGCAGGUAAUUUGGAUUCAUCAAGUAUAGUUAUUGAUUCAGGAAUGGAAAGUGGUCCAAUAGUUAUUUUUAAUUUUACUCAACAAGGCGAAAAUGAUGUAUUAAUUCUUUCAUCUUUUUCUCAAUUUAUGGCAACAUCAUUAAGUCAAACAAAUAAUAUAUUAGAAUAUGGUAUUAUGGGUUCAAUAAUAUCCAUACCUGCAAAUUAUAAUUAUUCAAUGAUUAUAUUUUAUUCAUCAAAAGGUAUUAAUGAAGGUAUAAGAGAAUGGGGUAAAACAAUGCAACAAGCAUAUAAUCGAACAAAUCAAUAUCGUCUUAAUGAUUUAACUAUUAAUUAUCUUGGUUAUUAUACAGAUAAUGGUGCUUAUUAUUAUUAUAAUACAGAAAAAGGAAUAAAUUAUGAAGAAACUUUGAUUAAUAUUUAUCAUCAAAUUCAACUUCCAUUUCAUUAUAUUCAAUUAGAUUCAUGGUGGUAUUAUAAAGGUCUUAGAGAUGGUGUUUCUCAAUGGAUAGCACGACCAGAUAUAUUUCCUGAUGGUCUUCAAAUAGUUCAUCGUCGAUUAGAAAAUCUUCCUUUAGCUGCACAUAAUCGAUAUUGGUCAUAUGAUACUAUUUAUAAACAAAAUUAUUCUUUUGCUCUUGAUAAACGAACUGAAAAAGCAUUACCUAUAGGCAAUGAUUCAUUUUGGAUUGAUUUAUUCAAUCAAGCAUAUAAUUGGGGUCUUAUUCUUUAUGAACAAGAUUGGCUUAAUCAUCAAACAAUUGAUUUUUUACCAACACGUACUGAUAUUCAUAUUGGACAUAAUUGGUUAAUAUCAAUGGGUAAAGCAGCUGAAAAAUUAGGAAUAAAUAUACAAUAUUGUAUGAGUUUAUCACGUCAUAUUUUACAAGCUUUAGAAAUUCCACGUGUUACACAAACACGAGUAUCAAAUGAUUAUGCUCUUCAUUUGAUUAUUCCAAUAAUAUCUCAAUGGAAUAUUGGAAUAUCAAGUAUGUUUGCUGAUGCAAUUGGUUUAGCACCAUUUAAAGAUGUUUUUUGGUCUAGAUCAUUAGAACAUGGUUCUCCUUAUCCACCACUUUCUAUGGAAAUAUUACCAGAUCGAGAAAUUUUAAUUGCAACUCUUUCAACAGGACCUGUUGCUUCAGGUGAUGGAAUUAAUUAUACAAAUAUUGAACGUAUAAUGAAAUGUUGUCGUAAAGAUGGUUUAAUUUUAAAACCAGAUCGACCAUUAACUAUGAUUAAUAUAUUAAUAUCUGAUUGGGCUUUUUAUAAAAGUAUUUCACAAGGAGAACUUUAUUCAACAAGAACAACAAUAAAUAAUCAAACAUUUCAUAUCAUUUUUGCAUCAGCUAUGAAACGAGAUUAUUUAAUUUAUCCUUCAAUGAUUGAAGCUCAAUCUGGUAUUAUUUGGUCAUAUAAUAAUGCAAAUGUUGUAUCAACUUUCGAUAAUACUAAUCCUUUGAAUGUUUCAGCUAAUCAAUGUAAUGACUUAUCAGUAUGCCUUUGGUAUGUAUCUCCUUUAUGGGAAUUUAAUGAUUCAACUAAAACAAAAUAUGCUUUUCUUGGUGAAUGGAACAAAUGGACAGCUAUUAGUCAACAACGAAUCGAUUCUAUUGUCACUAAUCUAGAAAAAACUCAAACAACAAUUACUCUUCAGGGUGAACAUUAUGAAAUAGUUCAAUUAGCUGUCUAUCAUCAUUCUUUACCUUCUUCUAUUAUAAGUUGUCAAAUUUCAUCUGAUAAUGCUUUUGGACAACUUGUUAUUACUCCAUCCGAUGUGUUUUGUCGUUAA